UAAACUUAAACCGAACAGAUUUGUCACGAAGAAGAAAUCAGUGUAGCAGACACCAUCCAUCCCUGAGCAAAGGUGAUUCCUUUUUUCCCUUGUUUUCUGAUAUCUUAAAGAAUUAUUCUGAGGUUUUUGAUUACUUGAAAUAUUGUGUGUGUUUCGUGGAGGUUUAUAGAUUUCUCGUUUAGGGUUUUUGUGGUUUAAUCUGCUUCUUCGCCACUGAUUCUGAUACAUUUUUUCACUUUUUGGGUAAAUCUUGCAAUUGAAAUUCAUGUGGGCUAUCUUUUGGUUGUUCGUGUGAUUACUCAGUGUAGGUUUAGUGACUCAUGUAGUGGACUAAACCAAUUGUUGUUGGAAAGCUGUUAACUUUUUUUUUAUUAGGGAUUUGAGGAUCAUUCUGAAAUGAAGAAUUUUUCGUUUGUUCAUUAUUGCUCUGUUAUUAUGCAAUUUUAAACUUGUGGCUGGCUUCAAAAUCAAAUUUUUUACUCUUAUUUAACAAUAAGAUUUAUGUUGAUCCUGAACUAUGUUUAUACACUCGGGUUGAAUUUAGUUUGAGAGUUAUUUUUCUUUGAUUUAGAUAGAAGAAAAGCUAUGACUGAUUUGCAAAUGGAGGUAGAGGUAGAUACCAAUUCUUCUUUGCAGGAGUCUCUCCCGAAGCCGCAAGUCAUGUACAGAUGUAAGAAAUGUAGAAGGAUAGUUGCUAUUGAGGAAAACAUAGUCCCGCAUGAACCAGGAAAGGGUGAAGAAUGCUUUGCUUGGAAAAAGAGAAGUGGAAACUCUGAACAAGUGCAAUGCUCUUCCAUCUUUGUCGAGCCUAUGAAAUGGAUGCAGACAAUACAUGAUGGAAUGGUGGAAGAGAAGCUUCUAUGUUUUGGAUGUAACGGGAGAUUAGGUUAUUUCAACUGGGCUGGGAUGCAAUGUAGCUGUGGUGCAUGGGUUAAUCCGGCUUUUCAGCUUAAUAAAAGCCGAAUAGACGAGUGUAAAUCCGAGCCAAACCCGAACCUGAAUAUGGAAACUUGAUGAAAAAGGAGAAGAUGUAAACUCUUGGAUAACUAAAGAUUGAUAAAAAGAUCAAAUUAAAGCCUUAUUGUAUUGACUAUCCCUAAUGGGGUUUUUAGUUUCAUUGUUUAAAUUCAAACAUAGAAUUAGUUAUGUGUAUUUCUUUGUUCUUUCUAAAUUCUAAUAUUAGGGACACAAAAGAAUUAGAGGC